AUGACCAUCCCCAUCAGCACAAUCACCACUUUCCGCACAACCUUCAAUCCCUUCUCGCACGCCUCCCGGCCCUGCCGCCUCUUCCUCUCGCUGCUGCGUACGCCAACCACGACACCGACCUCCAGCCCUACCCACAUCGACAUCAAAGUGAAGCAGCUGCCGCGCAACUCGACCGAGCAGCCCGUGAUGACGAUCGGGUUCAAGGGUGGCAAGGAAUUGACGCUGGAGGUUGGCAAGCGCGGCAUGAAGAUUGGGGAUGUGGUUGAGGAGGUUUCGCGUGUUGGUCGGGCAUUGGAGCGCGAGGCUAGUCUGAAGGGUUGA